AUCAAACCCGAUGUAUUUCGUUGAGGAACAGCUUCCAUAAUUUCACAAUCCAAUUCUCCAUUCCUCAUCAGGAAACAACAUUUUUACGUAAUCAUGUCUCCAUCAUUUAUUCUGUCUUUCCUCCUCUCCUUCCUUCUCUAUUUCGCGUCACGGUCAUGUUGCUUCACCUCUGCUGCGUGUGGCAACUGGAAACUGUUGCAAAAAAGCAUCCGAGUAUCCGCAAUGAACAUGCAACUGCUUAACAAUGACCGCGCCCUUGUUCGACAGAACUGAUUUUGGACAGUCUAAUCUAUCUCUUCCGAACGGGCAAUGUUGGAAUGAUCCUAAUGACAAGACCCUAAAAGUGGACUGCACUGCUUAUUCAGUCGAGGACGAUGUUCAGUCCAAUACACUCCGAGAACUCAUGGUGCAGACCGACGUUUGGUGUUCUUCUGGUGCUGUGACAGCCGACGGUCGUCUCAUUCAAACAGGAGGAUUCAAUGACAAUGGAAGACAAACUAUUAUCGGUGGUCGAAAACAAUUUAAUUACGAGUUUUAUCCUAAGGCAACUGCGCCAGGUUUGUUGCACUUGCCAUUCAUGUCGGAAACGAACGAUCGUGGGGUAGAGAACAAUCUGUACCCUUUUGUGCAUCUAAAUGUCGAUGGGAAUUUGUUCAUUUUUGCAAACAAUCGAGCAAUCCUGCUAGAUUAUAUGAACAACAUAGUCAUGAAAACUUAUCCCGUAAUACCAGAAGCCGAAGCCUGGAACUACCCUAGCUCCGGAUUGUUGGUGUUACUUCCGUUGAAGAACAUAAAAGCUGGGAAUGCGGAAGCUGAACUAUUGAUUUGUGGCGGAGGGUCUAAAGGAUCUUAUACCCAGUCAUUGAAGAAAAAAUUUUUGCCUGCCUUGAACACAUAUGGUCGGAUGAAGAUAACAGACUCGAACCCACAAUGGGUCGUGGAGACAAUGCUACAAGGUAGAGUAAUGGGUGACAUGAUGUUGCUGCCUGAUGGGAAUGGCUUUUACGAUGUGGAGGUGACCGUGCCACCAUCGCCUGUGUUGGCACCGUCUGGUUUCUACGUCCUAUACGUGGUUCAUCAAGGUGUUCCAAGUCAGGCUAUUUGGAUUCAAUUGCAGCAUUAAUCAUUUCUUGUUUGUUUCUUGACAUUUAUUUUCUUUCUGUUUGUAUUGCUAACAUUCUGAAGUUGCGCAUGUCUAUUAUUGAAAUAACUUCUCAUAAUCAAUAAAGUUGAGGAUUUUUC